AUGAAUGGUUGUUCGGCAUGUUUUUUAGAGUUUGACAUCAUGCCUCUUCCUACCGCUUCGCCCAGGAUCAUUAUCCUGUCCCAGUCCUCGUUGUCUUUGAGGUUCAAUCCUGGAGGUUUCGGCGGUCGCUCUUUCUUUCCUACUUUCCAAUGGCGAUCGCUAUCGUCAAAGGUACCAUCGCUUGACGAACUACCAUCGUCAUCAUCGGGGGGUCCGUCUGGCGGUAUUCCGACGUUUCCUGGUGGAUCCCUGUUUCUACCGUUUCCAUUGUUCCCGCCCGCUGGGCCUGGGUCGCCAUCCAAUGGGGCUCGUCCCUUUCCCUUUUCUUCCUGGGAUGGCCUCUCGGGAGGUGGCAUUUCUACCACACUAGCAGUUGGGCGAGCAUCGCCUACUGCUACCUGCUCAACGUUGUCGAGUAAUCCAGCCAUCUGGGCUCGCAUUUCUGCCAAUUCGGCAUCGCGUCGUUGGUCCAACUCUCUUUGGACUCGUUGGCCGCGUUCUGCCGCUUCUUUCUGGUUUCUGGCCUCUUGUACCAGCUGAUCUCGGUGGUCUUGGAGUUCCUUCAACUCACGUUCCAACACUCUAUCUCUCGCUAGAGAUUGUCGUUCGCUUGUGCCAAUGUUGAUGUGUAAUUGUUCACUUACACUGGCUUGUUGUACGUGUUGAGCAGCGGAUCGUUCCAACCCAGCAGCUACUCGGUCCAAGUAUUUCUGCUGUGUAUCCAUCACUGACCGUUCCAGUUGAGCAGGUUGUGAUGUCCAGCUUGCGGCUUCCUCCUUGCUAACUAUCUCCCCUAAAGUUAGGCGAGUUUUUACAUUAAGGAGUUCCUUUGCCAGGAUUUGGUCAUUGUCAGAUAACUCCCGUACCGCAACGUUCUGGACGUUCGUGGAUUCCUUCAGAUCCCAUUUCAAAGUUGCCAUAGCUUUACCCAUUCUGCGGGCUAGUCUGACAACAUCCUCCUCACUCGCAGCAUUCGACCGUGUUGGUAUUGGUGUGCAGGUUCUUGCCGGUGGUUUUGCUAUUUUAGUCAGAGCGUCCGUCGCUCUUCCUCAGUGAAAGGGCAACGAUCGUAGCCUUCGUAGGCUCCCGCUGCUGUGUGAUCUAGCCAUUGGGAUAUCAUCCGUAUGCGUUGAUUCUUCUUCGGAUAGAUCUCCGAGCGUGUCAUCCCUCCUCUCAAGGUCAUCUUCCUUUCUCCUAAUUUCUUCAACGGCAUCCUCCAUUUCUUCAUCCACCGGCUUCUCCGGCUGAGUCUUCUUUGGAAAAAGAGAGACUGGUUGGACUGGGAAAUGUGGUCUCGUAUUUUUAAACAAGGCCGACAAUGAGGAUUCGUUAUCCGUCAUGAUUACUUCCAAUUAGCAGAGCAGUCUUAGUAUGACCAACCUUCUGGUCUUAAAUAGGUCUCGUCCGAGACGUUAGACCACUCUGAAUCGUAUUUGGUGGGGUCGUCGGAGAAUGGGUGCCACUUAAAAUCGGCACCGUAGAGUUGAGCGUAUAUUUGCUUGAAGUCUUCUUCCUCGAAUCUCAAGGCAGGAUUUGUAAAGUAUGAGGGUUCGUCACUGCAAAGCAGUCCUAAUAUUUCGUCGAUUGUAAA